GGAGAAAAGACAGCUCUACGACGUGCUCUUUUGGAAACAGAACGGAGUGCUGUGCUGCCUCUCUCUUUUUCCUCCGUUAUCUCUCUCUCGCUCUCUCUCUCUCUCUCCCCCUCGUCUUCUCCUCCUCCUCUUCAAGCCUCCCUUCCUCAGUUGUAACCGUGCGGUUGCCAAGAGAGCUGUAGUACAGUAGCGACUGUAACUAGGUACGAGCUCCGGGACAUUUCUCCCGGUCUCAAGAGCCUGAAUGUCGACCAGCGGCUCCAGCUCCUCAUCACGGAAGGACUUCGAUGUGAAGCAAAUCCUCCGAAGCCGAUGGAGGUGGUUCGGUCACCCGGCUGUUCCCCCGCCAGGAGACUUCUUUACCGGGAGAGGAGCGGGGGCCAGCCCCGGAGAGUACCACAGCCCCUCUGUUAGUGGCUGUUCUACCGGUAACGGAAUCGUUAACGGCGCCGGUACAGGAAAUAACUGCUUAGUAGCAGUUGGAACUAGUGGUAACGGCAGUUGUAGUGGAAAUAAUUCAUGCAACGCCAACAACAGAAAGUUUAUGGAUAAUUCUGUUGGGAGUCCCACUGAUAACCUCCCGGUAACACCGUUUGUAGCCGCGGCAGCUGAACAUUCCUCUUGUCCGCGGUCAUUCAACCAACCGGAGUGGGUCGACCCGUUGUCUUUCUCUCACUCUCGGCCGGUAACAGACACAGAGCGCCCCGGGGAGGGCUCAUCGCUUCUCCAACCGCCGGUACCGGAGGCGUGUGUUCCCGCGGCUGAAGAGGAGACGGGACUGACGGGAGCCGAGAGUAAUAACAACCACGACGACAAUGCCUCCAGCUCCUGCAGGACUUCCAACAGCAGUGCGACGCUGUCCUCAUGCGUGUCGAUGGAACCGUGCGUGUCCUCCGACGAGUGUGUGUACACGGCUCACACACACGCAGACCUGAUCUCCAGCAAGAUGGAGACCUACCUCCGGACCAAGCAGCUGUGUGACGUCACUCUGGUGUCAGGGGACAGGAGGAUACCUGCUCACAGACUGGUCCUGUCGUCGGUGUCAGACUACUUUGCGGCCAUGUUCACCAGUGAUGUCAGAGAGGCCAAACAGGAAGAGGUUAAGAUGGAGGGGGUGGACCCUGAUGCAUUGUGGGUGCUGGUGCAAUACGCUUACACAGGUCGUGUGGAGUUGAGAGAGGACACUAUAGAGUGUAUAUUGUCAGUAUCGUGUCUCCUCCAGCUGCAGCCGGUGGUCCAGGCCUGCUGUAACUUCCUCAUCAAACAGCUCCACCCUUCUAACUGUCUGGGGAUACGAAGCUACGCCGACACACAGAGCUGCUCACAGCUCCACCACGCUGCUCACAGCUUCACCAUGGAGAACUUUGUGGAGGUGGUGGAAGGUCAGGAAUUUCUCCUCCUCCCGCUAGAAGAGAUGGACAGAUUGUUGUCGUCCGACGAUAUGAAUGUUCCAGACGAGGAAACCGUGGUUACGGCGUUGCUAAGCUGGGUCCGCCAUGACGUCUCCACCCGGCAAUCACACCUGCCCUCGCUCCUCGCUCACAUACGACUACCUUUACUGGAAGCACAGUUCCUAGCAGACCUGGAGUGUAACCCUCUGCUCCGAGACAGUGUGGAGUGUCAGAGGCUUUUAAUG